UAUGAAAUAUGGCACCUUCGAAUCCCGAGUUAAAUUCUUUGUGGAUUUCUUAUUUUUGAAAAUUUCCAUACAGAUUUCUCGCUAUCUUCGCUUUGUGCAUAUAAAUACGUGAAAAGAAAACACAUUUCUCAAUUGCUGUGAAGAUUGCUACUCUUUCUCUUUCCAACUGCUGCUCAGGGGUAUAAUUUGAUCGUUUAUUUGAAGGGGUAGAUAGCAAGUAGAAGAAAUGGGUAGGCUUUUUCUGAUUAGUCUUGAAGGAAACAGCUACAAAUGCAAGCACUGUCGAGCUCAUCUCGCGUUGGCUGAUCACAUCAUUUCUAAGUCAUUCCACUGCAGUCAUGGGAAGGCUUACCUCUUUGAUAGCGUUGUGAAUGUCACAGUUGGAGAGAAAGAAGACCGGAUGAUGAUGACAGGAAUGCACACUGUAGUGGACAUAUUCUGUGUAGGAUGUGGCUCUAUUGUGGGGUGGAAAUAUGAAGCCGCACAUGACAAGAACCAAAAGUACAAGGAAGGGAAAUUCAUUCUUGAGAGGUUUAAGAUGGAGAAUCCAGAUGGAACCCUCUACACAAUAAGCCAAGAUUCUCAGCUUGGAAGUGAUGCAGAUGAACCUUGAGUGGCCAUUCUACCAUGCCAUUAAUAAUCAAAUCUCUCUUUUCAACUGUACAUUAUUUCUAACUUCCUGCGCUUGUUGGUACAAGCAAUCUUGAUCUUCAGUUAGUAUAGAUGCUAAUAGCCAUUAUAGCCAA